GAUUGAGCUAUAGAACAAACCCUCUAUAUAUUUGUGCCAAGUCCAGCAAGUUUCUCUAGUUAAAACACACACGACUCUCCUCAUUCUCUCUUCUGAGUUACUGGCUUUCGGCACAAAACAAAGUGUUAACUUUCGUAAAGGAAGCAUUUUUAUCAAUGGGUGAUUACUGGCCUCGUGCUAAAAACAAACAGAGAGCCAGCAAUGGGGAUUUUGAAGAGGAAGAUGUGUGGUCGGUCGUGACCAAGGGAAGGGAAGACUCGAGCCCCACCAUGGGAAGCUCCAUUCACAAGAGCCUCACUGCUUCCUCAUCCGCAUGGCAGUACUCAAGUGCUCCGAAAACGAUCCCAAGAAGACCCGCCAACCAAGAAGCUGUGACUCCGGGCCAGCGGUCGUCGGGCCCGGUCAACAUCCCCGACUGGUCGAAGAUUUAUGGGAGCAAGAGGGGGGAUGGCCUUGACAGCGAGCGUGAGCAUGGUCAUGGCGUCUAUGGCGAUGAUGGCGAUGAUGGGUCUGGUCAUCAUGGUGAUGAUGGGGAUGAUGAUGAUGAUGGUGAUGUUGAUGGCGAAAUGGUUCCUCCACACGAAUGGGUGGCUAAGAGGCUGGCGAGGACUCGGAUUUCUCCGUUCUCCGUGUGUGAAGGGGUUGGGAGGGCUUUGAAAGGGAGGGAACUCAGCAGAGUGAGGAAUGCAAUCCUGACGAAAACUGGCUUCCUGGAGUGAAUUUUCUCUUUCCUUUGUUCGCCCUCUCCUCGGACUUCUUAGCUUUUUUGUUCAAUGUCGGCGGCAAAAGUGCGGCUCUUAUGUCCUAGGAUGAAUAUUAUAGCUUAGAGAUGGACCGGAACUCUUUUGAAUAUUCAUCGUAAGCAUUACAAUGUCUCAACAUCAUUCGCGAAAAUCGCUUUUUGGUCUAAAGAUUGAAUCCACAAUCUUGCCUUUCUUUUUUUGAAACUCUUUUAGCU